UUUUAAUUUCUACAGCGGCAAAACAAAACAAUGAAAGCAGGCAGCAGGUCAUGGCUGUUGGAGAGCUCUGUCUAAUUGAUAAAGACAUUUCAAGUCUGUUAGGGAUCCCAUUGAAUCCCAGCAUUUCAUCGCUGAAUCUUCACUGUAACCGCAUUUCUAAGAUUGAGGGUUUGACAACAGCGUGGCACAUUCGACAUCUGGACCUGUCAUCCAACCGCAUCUGUCGUAUAGAGGGAUUAUCGUCCCUGUCCUCACUGCGCACCUUAAACCUGUCUUGCAAUUUAAUCACAAGGGUGGAAGGGUUUAAUGGACUAACAAAUCUCACAAGACUAAAUUUGGCUUACAAUCACAUAAAUGAUUUAACUGGAUUCUUAUAUCUCCAUGGAGCUGAGUGCAAACUAAAACACCUGCAGCUCCACAGCAAUCGUCUGGAUAGUAUAAAUCACCUGCUGCAGUGCGUGGUGGGACUCCACAAUCUGAAAAAUCUUACUCUCAGCAAGGACGGCUCACAUAAUCCAGUCUGCUCGCAGCAAGGCUAUAGGGAUAUGGUUCUACAAUCUCUACAGCAAGUCACUACACUAGAUGGAGUAGAUCGCCUGGGAAACGCAUCUCAUUCUGCAGAGGAAAGCCCUAUGGAUGUUCCUGGCCUUGAGGAUUUUCUUGAGUUUCUCAUUUCAUCAGACACUAGUGUUAAUGAAGGACCGGCGAAGUCGGACGCUCCACUCACUACUCCACGGAUUGAUGAGGUCCUGUCCCAGUUUCGACAGCGUGGUGAAAAACCAACCGCAGAAAAUCAAGGAAAUGAGCUGCGUAUUAAAAAACUGGAGCAGCAGGUUUCCCACCUCAUUCAGAAGGUCCCAGCCCGGGAUGCCAUUAACACAAGCCGCACUUUACCUUCUGUGGUACGUAAAGCUAAGAGAGAUACUGAUCAAACUUCAGAGAGUGAAUGUGACAGUGCAAAAGAGAACCAACGGAUUUCCAGAAUACCAGUUCAUCCCAAAGUCUCUGCAGCGAAAAAGCAGACCAAGGACAACAGACCCAAACAGCCGGACUGUGUUGCAGAUACACAGAAUCAGAGGUCCACAAAGCUGGCUGUUGGCCCCCGUAGAAAGACAUCAGUCCAGAGCUCUGGGUCUGAGGAAACUGUAUCAGUACAAUCUUUGAAAAAGGGUCCAAAAAUACUGAGAGCAAGUCCUGUCAAAGGUCCAGCUCAAUCUCAGGUUGAAACCUACAGGGCAAUAGUGGAAGAGCGCGACCAGGAGCGAGAGCGACGCUGGAAAGCAGAGCAAGUUAAAAGGCUUACAGAACAGGUUAAAAACCUGCAGACUCGGGCCAGUGAGGAGAAGGAUUUGCAGAGCUUAGCCCUACACACCACAGACAGACUGAAAGAGAUGCUGUUGAAAGAGCGUUCCGAUCGGGUAGGACUGCAAACCCGUUUACAGGAGUUGGAGGAAAGAUACAAGUCUACUUUAGAGCAGCUGGAGCAGGCACAGAACCGGGAUGAGCAACACAAGAGGGCGCUGCGGAGUCUGGAGGAGAGCGUGUGCCAAGCAGAGGCUCUCAGAGUACAGCAGCGUGCUCAAGAGAUAAAGAGGACCCAAGAGCUGGAGAAUAGAGCAUCUGCCUUUAAAAGAGAAGUAGAGAUAUUGAGAGCAUCAGCAAGACAGCAAAAAGACAAGCUACAGCAGUUGCAUGAAUUAUUGGCCUCCAGGGAGGAGAUGCACAGGAAGGAGCUUGCGUCGCGGUUGCUUCCUGGUGGGACUGAGUUUAGGGACGCUGUGGCCAAAGAGGUGGAGGCUAUAGAGAAAAGAUUUGCCCAGAGACAAGCUGAGAUGGAGCAAAAGCUUGGUGAUUCUCAUAAGCAGUAUGCCGCACUGGAGGAUGAGUUUCGCAUGGCUCUUACCAUUGAGGCAAAGCGUUUCUCAGAGGUGAAGGAGGGGUUUGAUCGGAUGUCCGCUGAGCUCUUAGAAGUGAAAUCAAGCCUCAGUCAGUCUCAGCAGAAAGAGAAGCAAUCAGUCUCUCUGGUGCAGGAGCUCACUACCAUGGUGAAGGAGCAAAAAACAAGAAUAGCUGAACUCCUCAAAGCUAAACGGGAAGCUGCAGCUGAGUUUAAGACCCGUCUGCAGUCGUUGGAGUCCAAACUAGAAGAGGACAAACGUCUCAACCUCCAGGUAGAGCUACUAAAGAAAGACAAGUCGAGGCAGCUGUCCCAGCUCACAGCUCAAGAGUCUGUUAUAGAUGGGCUACGAGCAGAGAGGAAGAUCUGGGGCCAGGAACUUGCACAGCAAGGUGCAUCUUUAGCACAAGACCGUGGUCGACUAGAGUCCAGGAUUGAGGUGUUGUUAAAUGAUCUGGAGUCGCAGAAGAAACAGAAUGAGAGAGACAACGAUGCACUUAGGAUUAAAGCAAAGAUCCUCGAUGACCAGACAGAGACUAUUCGUAAACUAAAAGAGGCCCUGUUGGAGCGAGAUGAGCAGAUCCGUAAAUUGCGUGAAGAAAGUGUGCAGGACCAGCGGAAGUCAAAACAGCAGCUGGAGGAGGUAAUGGCAUCUGCCGCGGAGCUCAGAGACACAGUGGAGCAGCUUAGUCUAAGGAAGGAGGAGUUGAAACAACAGCUCCUUGAUAAGGAGGCGGAGCUUGAUGAGGUCAAAGAGACCUACAGGGUUUCAAGUAAGAAAUGGCAGGAAAAGGCUGAACUGUUGAACAGGCUCGAGAGCCAGGUAAAGCGAAUGAAGGAGGGAUUUGAUUCCAAAGAGAGAGCUCUGGUGGAAGAAAGGGACAAAGCUUCACAAGCGCACAGGGGAGCAGUGGAGAAGCUUCACAGUGUGGACGAUGCCUUCCGUAGACAACUGGAAUCUCUGCAGGCUUCCCAUCAGGCUGAGCUACUUCGCCUGGCGAAUGACAAACAGAAACAGAUAGAGAAAGCCAAUCAGAAGGUGCUCCAGGUGGAGGAAGAAAUGCGCCAGCUGCUUGAGGAAACUGAGAGUAAUAAAAUGGUAAUGGAGGAGAAAAUGAGACGCCUCACACAAGUGCUGAAAGACUUCUAACCUCCUAUCUGCUGGAGAGCCUCAAGACGAACAUACUUGGUGGUUACCUCAUUUUUUUAAGUCAUGUUUUUGUUACCUUUGGUCUGUAUUCCUAAAUAUUCACCUCAUUGUAUUGAACCGUAGUUUUUAUGAAGACACCAUUUAACAAGCAAAAUUACAAUACAAUUACAGUACAAAAAGGUCUCUGUAAAAUUGUACAAUUAAAUCAAAUGAUUUAUUUUGGUAUUUUAUUAAAAACAAUAAAUACAAAAUAGUUUGACGUACCUUUGCCAUGCAUUAUUAUGUAAUGUACUUUUAUGUAACAUUUCCUUUUGUUGUGUCUCUGUUUGAAAUUGUAUAAUUACAUUUAUAAACUCGUUGACAUUA